AUGCGACGAAGCGACCGACGGCCGACGACCUACGACCGACAGCCAACGACGGACCGCGACCGGCGGACCGCCGGGCCGAGCGCUCGGCGUCCUGGGACCCUGGUACGAAUCCGGGCAAGUGAUGCGUCCGUGAACGGUGCGACUCAAAAUGCACACGUACGGACAGCGGGUGCCCAAAAUGUCGAGCAGCUGUCAGCGAACCGCGCGCACGGGGGACCCCUUGGCUCGGCCUGCGCACCGGCCGGCGCGUUGGGGCAGGUCAUGGUCCGGGCGAGUCCAAGUCGGCCGCCGGGGUUAGGGACGGUGUUCGGCCGCCCGGACCGACGACGGUCCCUCACCCGACCGGCGACCGAUGGAUUUGCCCACGACCAAAGCGCAGCGAAGUGCACGUGCUUAUCACCGGUGUGCAACGUUCUUAUCACCGGCCACGUUCCACAAACGGCUACAGCAGCCGCCGGCCAACGCUAA